CCCUCUUUGCCUGCUGUGCAGCUUCUCGCUCUCUCCCCAUCUCUUUGGCUGCCCCCGCACGCCCCCUCCCCGCUCGCUCUGCAGCUGGGGUGGGAGAAGCAGGGAUGCAGGUGGGAGAGGCGGCCCUGGGCAUCCUCCCAGCCCUGGGCUCCCUCGGCUGGGAUCCCCUGAGCUGCAUCAUUGGCAUGCGGCGCCCGGCAGGACUGCAUCACUGCUAGAGGAGAUGCCAGCGCAGAGCCUCCCUGCGCCGCACGCCACGCUGCGCCGCGCCGCCGGCAGCACCGCCGACAACUUGGGGUGCCCAAGUACCUGGAUGCGGUCGCAGCGGGAUGAUCGGCUUGGCUUGCAGAGCAUUUACUUCUAAUCUCCGGCUUGUGACAUCCUAGCGGAAAGGGGGGACCCUUUCAGGAGCAGCUCCACGGGCUAGAAAGAGGGGAAAUGGCUGGUGAACGGCUGUGAUGAAAUAUUUCCUAGUUCUGGACAUGACCUUCACCACCACAAUGAAUGAGGAAAAACCUGUCAAAUCCUCCUAGCUCCCUGGCUGUGCAGUUUGCUGUUCCCUUGCUGCUCACCAGACAGCAGCUCUUCCCACCCAAAGCACAGAAGAAGCCAGCAAGUCACAAAUGACAGCUGAAAAGUGAAGCGUUAUCAAAAGCUGUGUGAGACUCUGUCAGAGAGAAACUUUAUAUAGUAAUUCUCCUCCUUCUGAGCCUGGGAAGCUGUGAAUCCCAUUGGUUCCAAAGAACAGAGAGUAGAUAUGUUCAAGUAACCAAUACCAGAUAUUGCAGAAAUCGAUAAGUAUAUUAGAGUAUUUACACACAGUCAUCUACAGCAUUUAGAAGUCUCCAUUCAGAAUGGAUGAUGGAUAUAGAAACACAAACCUCUAUCAAGGGGGAAGGGCAGGAAACCAAGUCUCGGAUGACUACAGGUACCAAGAUGGUAACUACGAAGGGUACGCACCCAAUGAUGGCUACUACCAUGGUGGGAAUGAGCCUGCUCAUGAAGAAGAUGCCCAGAGUGAUGUUACAGAAGGCCAUGAUGAAGAUGAUGAGGUCUAUGAGGGGGAGUACCAAGGGAUCCCGCACCCAGAUGACAUUAAAGAAAAGCAGAAGCAGCGAGCUCCUGCUGUGGCUGAUGAGUACAGAGACCGUGCUGACCUUAUGGCAGAGAGGAUGGAGGAUGAGGAGCAGCUUGCCCACCAGUACGAGAACAUCAUUGAGGAGUGUGGCCACGGACGCUUCCAGUGGACCCUGUUCUUUGUUUUAGGGUUGGCACUGAUGGCAGAUGGGGUGGAGGUGUUUGUGGUUGGAUUUGUUCUCCCCAGUGCUGAGAAGGAUAUGUGCUUAUCCAGUUCGAACAAAGGGAUGCUAGGCUUGAUAGUCUACUUAGGAAUGAUGGUGGGGGCUGUCAUGCUGGGUGGCCUCGCUGAUAAACUGGGAAGAAAGCAAUGCCUCAUCAUAUCACUUGCAAUCAAUGCUGCCUUCGCGUUCCUCUCCUCCUUCGUCCAGGGAUACGGAUUCUUCCUCUUCUGCCGCCUUAUCUCGGGCCUCGGUAUUGGGGGAUCCCUCCCCAUCGUGUUUGCCUAUUUCUCUGAAUUCCUAUCUCGUGAGAAGAGGGGGGAACACCUGAGCUGGCUUUGCAUGUUCUGGAUGAUUGGUGGUAUUUUUGCUUCAGCAAUGGCUUGGAGCAUCAUCCCGCAUUACGGCUGGGGGUUCAGUAUGGGAACCAAGUACCACUUCCACAGCUGGAGGGUCUUUGUACUUGUCUGCUCUCUGCCCUGUAUCGCCUCCCUGGUGGCACUGAAAUUCAUGCCUGAAAGCCCGCGUUUUUUGCUGGAGAUAGGUAAACAUGAUGAAGCCUGGAUGAUCCUCAAGCAAGUUCAUGACACCAACAUGCGGGCCAAGGGCGAGCCAGAGAGGGUGUUUACGGUUUCCUAUAUCAAAACUCCAAAGCAAAUAGAUGAAUUUAUUGAAAUCCAGAGCUCAACAGGGACCUGGUACCAGCGGUGGCUGGUCAGAAUCACAACCACUUUCAAACAGGUCUGGGACAACGUGCUAUACUGCUUAACAGCCCAGUACAGGAUGAACACACUGAUGCUGGCUGUAGUUUGGUUUACCAUGGCCUUAAGUUACUAUGGCCUUAUUGUCUGGUUCCCUGAUAUGAUCCGGUAUUUCCAAGAAGAGGCAUAUGAAUCCCGAGUGAAGAUCUUUGAUGAGGAAGAAGUGUCACACUUCACCUUUAAUUUCACCCUCGAAAACCAGAUCCAUAGAAACGGGGAAUACAGAAACGAUAAAUUUAUUGGCAUGAAAUUCAAGGAAGUGAGAUUUGAGGAUUCGCUGUUUGAGGAAUGCUACUUUGAAGACGUGACAUCCAGCGAGACCUUCUUCGAAAACUGCACCAUCAUCUCUACUGUCUUUUAUAACACGGAUCUCUACGAACAUAAAUUCAUCAACUGCAGGCUCGUAAACAGCACAUUCAUGAAGGAAAAGGAAGGCUGCCACCUGGAUUUCGAGGAGGACAACGAUUUCCUGAUCUACCUGGUCAGCUUCCUGGGCAGUCUGUCUGUGCUGCCAGGCAACAUCAUCUCUGCGUUACUCAUGGACAAAAUAGGGAGGAUAAAGAUGAUCGGUGGCUCAAUGUUGAUCUCAGCAGUGUGCUGCUUCUUUCUCUUCUUCGGCAACAGCGAGUCAGCAAUGAUCGGCUGGCAGUGCCUCUUCUGUGGGGCCAGCAUUGCAGCCUGGAACGCUCUGGACGUCAUCACUGUGGAGCUCUACCCCACUGACAAAAGGGCAACGGCCUUUGGCAUCCUCAAUGGGCUUUGUAAGUUUGGUGCCAUCCUGGGGAACUCAAUCUUUUCCUCCUUCGUAGGGAUAACCAAGGUGGUUCCCAUCCUUCUGGCUUCCUCUGCUCUGGUUGGAGGUGGCCUGCUUGCUUUGCGCCUGCCAGAGACUCGAGAUCAGGUCCUGAUGUGAGCGACAGAGGCCAGGGGGGUCGGGUGGGGGUGGACGCAGAAGAGGAACAAAAAAGAGCCAUGCUUGGAAAAAUCAAAAUGUCCAUUUCUAUACCGUUGUGUCGAUACCUCGAAGAGAGAGGGCAGAGGGAAAGAAGAGCCCAAAGGGAUAAAAAUGAAACCCCUAGUUUCUGACCCCUUUCCAGCCACGACUGGUGCAUGCAGCUACCACACACCCCUUGCAGAGCUUGGGUUUAACCUUGCCUACACUGGGAGUCUACCCUGUCCCUCUCCAUCCCAGUGUAACGGCACAGGACGCGAGCAGCGGCUUCGUGCAUGCGUGCGCCUGCCUGGGUGUGAGCGUGUCCGACGGGAGAACAGACCCUGACCCCCUCAUGCCUUUGCCGAGCUGUGAGAUGCUGCCUGCCUUGCCCGGCACUCCUUGGCAAUUCCCAUCAGCUGUGCUCAGACACAAAGGGCAUCCGAAGGGGAGGCAGGUAACAAACCUACCAUAGGUGAGCUUCAGCAACAGGGACAAGAGCUACCAAUGUGACUAGUGACGCUGGCUGUCUUGAUUUUGGGGUUACCACCUGAACCACCCGAAAGAGCAAGAGAGUCCUAAUUUCUGGAGGAUAUGAGGGUGGGUGCUGGGCUCUCAGAAGAAUCAGGGUUUCAAAGCCCUUUACUGUCUGCACUUGGCCAUAGAGAAUCACUAGGCACCUUCUUGGUCUGGGAGAGAAAUAUAUACAUAAUUUUAUAUAUAUAUAUAUAUAUAUAUGUAUUUACACAUACUUGCAAACGUACAUACACAGAUUGAAGUGAUCAGCUAUUGAAAUUUGUAAUUUUUAAUUUCUGCACCCUUAAGAAGAUCUUAAGAGAGACACUAAAAACUAAUCCCACCAAUUCAAGAUUAUCUGGAGUCACGACCGGUUUAGUGGCACUUCAUUCUUUAUAUCCAGACACCAAAUAUUUAAAUGUGUUGAUGGCUGGGAAUAUAUAUUUCUAUGACGAUUAAGGGUUUUCUUCCUACAACUUUCACAGAGGAGAAAUCGGUAUGAUGUUGGAGCAUUCCACAAACCAAAUGUGUACAUAUUAUCCAGUGUAAAUAGGGGACUUUCUGUGAAUUUACCAGCAUUUUAGCCAUAUUAUUUAAAGAAUAUGAUGCUUGAUUUUCUUAUAUACUUCGGUCUCAUGGAAGCACUGUAAGCACAGUUACUUAAAGCCAUUUAACUUGUUACACAGGGAAUGCACGCAGCAAGCUUUCGCUGUACAGAACAUUAAAUUCUCCAUUAAGCAGCACGGUUAAGUUUGGUAUCCUGUAAAGAUCAUUUUUUUAAAUUCACAUGCCCUUUUUAUCGUAAGACUUAAGUCCUGUUGCACCUAGAAGCAAAGGGAGUUGUGUAUUUUUGGAUGUACAUUCUUGGGAAGCAGGAAUGAAAGGCAUACUAUUAAAUUACACACCGAUGCUCACAAUUGACUAGAUAGCGCUAAUUAGACCCUUUCAACAAGCUCAGCGAUCGACCAGAAUUGAUCAGAAACUGUCACAGAACGCAGGGAAUUUGUCUCACCAGGGUAUUUUGUGACAUAAAAAAAUUAUUUUGGACUUUUGCUAAUGAUCUUCCUAUUUACCUUUCUUUGGAUGCCUCUUUUUUUUUUUUCUUUUUAAGAAAAUCACGCAGGGCUAGGCUGAAAUCCAGCAGGACUGAAGUCUAACACAGUCACACUAACAGCUCACGCAGGGGCCAGCCCCGCAGAUCCGUGGGGGUCAGUGUCAGUGCUGCUCCGGAGGGCAGACGAAGGACACAGAGCGUGGUUAGAUCACAAGCAGCAACUCCUUGCCAAUGAGGCAAAAACCCUCUAAUAAGCAUCAUUUUUAUCAUAGUGUCAAUCAGGGAUAAACACUUACGGAGCAGCCAGGCUACAAUGGGCUACUUGGCAUUUUUGAGAUUUAUUCUGGGGUUUAUGAAAUUGGUAAAAUCACAAGCUGCUGUAAUAACCAAGCUUAUUAUGCCUCAUUUCUUCAUUUUAUGGGUAGCUGGGGGCCUUUUUUUGAUUCGUCUUCAAAACAGCAAGGUUCCUUCUCUAAGGUAGGAGUGAAUGUAAUUAUGUCCUUUGGCAGCAGUUCACAGCUUCUGUUGAGAAUCACAGCCCAGAAUGUGGUUGGGUUUUUUUGCCUCUAAGAAUGUCUGGUCCUUUUGCAUGGUGAGAAGCAGCUAAAUAUGUAUUUCAACACAAAAGUUCACCACAGUCUUUAUGUUUCGUCCAUUUUGUUGCAUUGUGCACAGCAAUUGCCACAUCGCAUUUGGGGGAAAAAAGAGUUCAUUUCAUUUUCUGGGCUAUUGUUGUGCUGCUCUGUGGAGCCAGAAUUUAUCUUUAUUUAUUUUAUGAAGCACUCUUAGUCAUUAUCAUCCAAUGCUCUGACUAUUUGUGUUCUCCAUUGACAUUGUACAGUGACACUAAUGACAUCAUUUAUUUUGCAAAACUUCUCUGUUAAUUUUCAGAGAAGGAAGAAAUUGAGGAGAAAGGAAUGGCAAGGUAAUAUUAGGAAAUAUCCAAUCUUAGAAACCUUUCUUCUUUACAGAAUAACUCUCUCACAGGCUGCUAAACCUCACCUUUGAGACAUUAGCUGGGACAAGGUAAAGAGCAAUAGGAUCUUGUUGUCAGUGUCACCCAGGCUAGCCACGUGGCUGUAGAAACUCUUUGCACCCCUAAAAUGCAUGGGUCAGUCACCUGAGGGCCAGGGGAUGAUGCACAUGUGUUGUGAUGAGGCUCCUACCCCUGACUUGACCAGGGAAUUCAUGACCUAAUAGGAAAGGGCAAACACACACUGCAGCUGGGACACAAGGAAAGGACAACGAUGAAGAGAGAAGGAAGAAAGGAAAAGCUAAGGAGAACCCAUAUCACCUAGCCUUAGACACCUCCGAGUUAGAUGUCUGGAUCUGAACUCAUCACCCUGGGUUCCCAUUAUUUCCUUUUGAAAGGCACAGACAAUAUUUGUGACCACGCUCAGGCACGGUGCUGAGAAGAAGAUGGGCUGCCCUGGAUGGCCCUGCUCCUCUCUUUCCAUAACAGAGAAAUCCAGGGCAGCGGCUUCAGCUCAGGCGUUUGCCUUUGUGACACUUGGGCUGACAUCUCCCAUCCAACCUCGGUGAGAACAAGGCUUAGUCAACACUCCUGAUGAGCUUGUUUAUUGUCUUUGUCAUGGUCUAAAUCAGCGUAGGCUUCACACUACUGCUCUCCCAAGCAAAAUGGUCGUUGGGUGCAGUUCCCUCAGCAUUGGCUGUGUUUUGAUUUGGGUCUCAGUUUCAAGCCAUGGGCUACCUGUGAGGCUGAGCAUGCGCCACAGAGUCCCGGAGGACCGUGCAGGGGGAGAUUUCUCAUCAGGCACCUCCUGCGAUGGCUCAGCUUUAUUUCUACUGUAAAAUCAGCAUUACACCUGCAGUUCAAGGGCCAGCAUUCCUCCUCCAGUGGUUCCCCCGCCUACGUUUGCCACAGUGAACAGUCUCCUUGUCUUGGACACACUGGACCAUCCACAGAGAAAACUGCUGACCACGGGUCCACUGAUGAUCUCUGCAGAGCACUGUUUCCUCGGAUUCAUGAACUUUACCGCGACAGGGGCACAGAGGACCAAGACAGGGGACUUGCCUUAAAUCCCAAAGACCUCUACUAGAGGACAGCUCUUCAUGCGUGCGUGGCACACCAGUGCAGCCACUUAGCCAGGGACUUUGUGGCAUGGGAAAGGUGGGUCUAGGGAACCCAGACUGACCUGCUGUGAGUUGGUGUCUUUAGCUGAACUGCAGCAUAAUGGGGGUCACAGGAGGAGUUCAUUACUGAGUUUCUGAGCAUGCAGAAACAGACAUUUAGGGGAACACAAAGCACUACUAUGAAAGACCAGUGGUAUUACGAUGAGUUCUGCCUCCUUAUAUUCUCUGUUAAUUUAACUGGUUGUCGUGUACCUAUUACUUCACAUCAGUUAUGCAGGACAGGUCCUGCCACCGCCUUUGGCUUUGCUACAUCUUACUGGUGGUGGCUGGAGCCUGGGCUGGGUGGGGUGAUCGCCUCCUUGCCCAUCUGAUCCUCAUCCCCUGGAACUGCUACGUGACUUAUAAACAGCGGUGUAUGUAUCUUUUGGACUAAGAAAAGGGACUUGGAAAACCCAUAACCAGAGCCAGAUGUUCUGCACUCUGGAGAGAGGUCAGGCAGCCCAAUGUCCUUCGGUGAUGCCGGAGAGGUGCUCUAAGGGAUAUUCCCUGAGCCUGGGAGCACUCCAGCCCCAAGGCUGGCUCCACACAGGGGCACAGAGCAUGGGCCUGAGCUUUCUGCAGACGUGCAAGUCUCUUCCAGGUCCUGCUUUGAGACCUCCAACAACAGAGUAUACUCUGAUACUGUUAAGGAGGCCCUAGGUCCAUUUACGUUCCUUGCUUGUGUCCUUUGACUUUCCAAAGGACAUGCAAAACUGGAGAGUAUAUUUUUAGGUUUAUGUAGAUUUUAUCCCCGUACGUUAUAUUUCCAUCAAGUUUCUCCCUCAGUUUCUCACCCUUGUAUUAGCAAACGCUGCUUUUAGGAAGAAUCAAGCCUGUGAACGGCAAAGGAAACAAAAUGAAAGACAUUUCUUUGCUCUAUGUGAUGCUAGUGCUGUAUAAAUGUACACACUGCAAGUUCCACUGUAAAUAACACCCAGUGUCGUGCAUUUAAUGAAAUGUUUCAUUUAGAUGCUCUGUCGGGUCUGUGUGGGAAAUAGCCAAUUCCAGUCCCUUGGUUCCUUUUCUUCAUUUGAAACCUUUCUUGUUUUAUUUUUUUUUUAUUUGAUGUGUGUCUGGUUGUCACUGGAAAUUGCAGCUGUUCCAAUGGACUUUGUUUUUGUUCUCUCCGUCACAUUAAAAACCUGGAAGAAAAAGAA